AUGGAACCACAACCCAAACGACAACGCAUCGACGAAUCCAACCAUGAUCCCAGUGAGACCAAGGUGGAGACAUCCCGCGAUCUCUACUUGGAUACCAUCAAUCGCCACAUGCUCGACUUUGAUUUCGAAAAGCUGUGCUCCGUUUCUCUCUCGCCCAUGAAUGUCUACGCGUGUCUCGUUUGUGGCAAAUACUAUCAAGGUCGUGGCAAAUCAUCGCAUGCUUAUUUCCAUAGUAUCCACAAGGAUCAUCACGUAUUUAUCAAUUUGCAUACGCUCAAGGUGUACAUUUUACCCGAUGGAUAUGAAGUCGACGAUCCUUCCCUUAAUGACAUCAAGUACGUUUUGAACCCCACAUUGACCAAGCAACAAGUCAGCAACUUGGAUGCCAACCUCAAAGCGUCUUACGAUCUCAACAACAAAAAGUAUCUUCCUGGUUUUGUGGGUCUCAACAAUGUUAAAGCCAACGAUUAUGUCAAUGUGGUGAUACAAGCACUUGUCCAUAUUCCACCUCUUCGCGAUUAUUUUAUUCUCCAAGAUUUUGAAAAGCAAGAGAAAUCACAACUUGUUACACGAUUCGGUGCUCUUGUAAGGAAAAUGUGGAAUCCUCGAGCCUUCAAAGGUCAAGUCAGUCCUCAUGAACUACUCCAAGAAAUUUCCAAUGCAAGUGACAAGCGAUUCCGCUUAACAGAGCAAAGCAAUGCCAUUGAUUUCCUCUCCUGGUUCCUCAACACACUGCACAGAGACCUUGGUGGUACCAAAAAGAGAAAUAGCAGUAUCAUUACAAAGAUCUUUCAAGGCGAAGUGAAAGUAGAAUCUCAAACGGUGGGCCCCAGUGGACCUGUGGCGGGUCAAAAGGAAAUUGCUGUUUUUGAUGAGGAUCGAGAAAUCAAAACAAGCCAAAUACCCUUUCUUUUCCUGGCACUGGAUUUACCACCUGCUCCCUUGUACCAAGAUGAAGCUGAGAAGAAUAUCAUUCCUCAAGUCCCUUUGACAACGAUUCUUCAAAAAUACGAUGGCAAACAAGUUCAGGAAACUGCCAACCAAAAGAGGCGAUAUCAGAUCACUCGUCUUCCCCAGUACCUCAUCUUCCAUAUCAAGCGAUUCAACAAGAACAAUUGGACCCUUGAAAAGAAUCCUACCAUUGUCAACUUUCCUAUCAAGGAUGUGGACAUGAAGAGCUUUACCAACAUGCCGGAUGCUGACAAGGUGGGCACGCAUUAUGAUUUACUGGCGAAUAUUUGCCAUGAGGGCAAGCCUGAAGCAGGCCAAGGCACAUACAAGGUGCAUGUACGACAUCGGGGUACAGAGCAAUGGUAUCAGAUUCAGGAUCUUAUUGUUGAGGAGAUUAUGCCACAAAUGAUCUUUUUAUCCGAGAGUUAUAUCCAGAUUUGGGAACGAAAACAAGAACAACAAUAA